AUGGCCAUUACCAAGGUUCACGCCCGCUCCGUCUACGACUCCCGUGGUAACCCCACCGUGGAGGUCGACCUUGUCACUGAGACUGGCCUGCACCGCGCCAUCGUCCCCUCUGGUGCCUCUACCGGUCAGCACGAGGCUGUUGAGCUUCGCGAUGGCGACAAGGCCAAGUGGGGUGGCAAGGGUGUCACCAAGGCUGUUGAGAACGUCAACACCAUCAUUGGCCCCGCUCUGAUCAAGGAGAACCUUGAUGUCAAGGACCAGUCCAAGGUUGACGAGUUCCUGAACAGCCUUGAUGGCACUCCCAACAAGGGCAAGCUUGGUGCCAACGCCAUCCUGGGUGUCUCCUUGGCUGUUGCUAAGGCCGGUGCCGCCGAGAAGAACGUCCCUCUCUACGCUCACAUUUCCGACCUCGCCGGAACCAAGAAGCCUUAUGUCCUCCCCGUUCCUUUCAUGAACGUUCUCAACGGCGGUUCCCACGCCGGUGGUCGUCUUGCUUUCCAGGAGUUCAUGAUUGUCCCCUCUGCUGCUCCCAGCUUCUCCGAGGCCCUUCGCCAGGGUGCUGAGGUUUACCAGAAGUUGAAGACUCUGGCCAAGAAGAAGUACGGCCAGUCUGCUGGCAACGUUGGUGAUGAGGGUGGUGUUGCCCCCGAUAUUCAGACCGCUGAUGAGGCUCUUGAGCUCAUCACCGAUGCCAUUGAGCAGGCCGGCUACACUGGCAAGAUGAACAUUGCCAUGGAUGUUGCCUCCAGCGAGUUCUACAAGGAGGCCGAGAAGAAGUACGACCUCGACUUCAAGAACCCCGAGAGCGACCCUACCAAGUGGAUCACCUACGAGGAGCUCGCCGCCAUGUACUCCGACCUUUGCAAGAAGUACCCCAUUGUCAGCAUUGAGGAUCCUUUUGCUGAGGAUGACUGGGAGGCCUGGAGCUACUUCUACAAGACCCAGGACAUCCAGAUUGUCGGUGAUGACUUGACCGUCACCAACCCCGUCCGCAUCAAGAAGGCUAUUGAACUGAAGGCCUGCAAUGCCCUCCUCCUCAAGGUCAACCAGAUCGGCACAUUGACCGAGUCAAUCCAGGCCGCCAAGGACUCCUACGCCGAUGGCUGGGGUGUCAUGGUCUCUCACCGAUCUGGUGAGACCGAAGAUGUCACCAUUGCUGAUAUUGCCGUCGGUAUCCGUGCCGGUGAGAUCAAGACUGGUGCUCCUGCCCGUUCUGAGCGCCUGGCCAAGCUUAACCAGAUUCUCCGCAUUGAGGAGGAGCUUGGUGAGCUUGCCAUCUAUGCGGGCGACAAGUUCCGCACCUCUGUUAACCUGUAA